CUACAGGAUGAAAAACCUCUCACUUCUCUUCCUCCUCUUCCCUGUCCCGGGCUUGCUGGGCUCCAGUGGGUCACUGUGUUCCGUGGAUGAAAUCAUCGACAAGAAGAUGAAGCAAGGCUUCAGCUCCCUAUUGUCAGAAGCAGUAAGGAACAUUGGCCUACGAUGCCGGACAGUUUCUUCCAGAGGGGAGUUGGCCUCCUGCCCAGAAGGCUUAGCAGUCACCAGCUGCUCCUGUGGCUUUGCCUGUGGCUCCUGGGAUGUUCGAGAGGGAACAACAUGCCACUGCCAGUGUGCGGGCAUAGAUUGGACAGCAGCCCAUUGCUGUGGCCUGGGGGUUGGUGCCUGAGAUCUUAAGAGUUGAGCUUGCCUGCCAUAUGCUGGAGCAGAGGGGUGGGGAUGGGGAGAGAGCUGGGGAAAGUUCAAGAUGAGGGGCUGGAAAUACAGAAUGAGAUGAUGGUGAUGAUAAAAGUGCAUGGUAAAGUGGA